GGGUGUAGUUCCUGUUUUCUUUUUAGGAAAAGUGAAUAGACGUUGUGUUGUCUUCAUGUUCAUCUGUGCGUAUGUGUGUUCAAACGGUUCAAGCAGGAGUUUGGAGAUGGUGUGGGCAUGCUGUAGGACUGGAAACCAGAACCUUAUCGCCAACCCUCUGAAAGGCUCACCAUGAGUAAGGCAGGUGGUGAUGAAAUUGGCGGUGGCAGCAGCAAUGAAGGAGCCCAUCAGCCAGAGAGUCCCUCAGAGAAGGUCCUGAGCAAACUCAGUGCCACCACUUUGCCUAUUGGACACGGCUGGACCAAAGUUAGUUGCCCCUGCUGUGUGUCGGAGCGGGUCGAGCCAUUGGUUCUGGUGAAGCUCGGAGAGAAAGUUCGCCCUGAGACGAAAAGGUGGCUCAUCAGACUGAUCGGAGCUCCUCAGAAAGAUGGAGGUGCUGCAUUACUGGCCCACCCGGGCGAGGACACCAGCGGUAACAUCAUUGUGGUCUCCGCCCCACGCUGUACAUUACUUAGAGCCACUGAAGAGUUGGGACUAUGUAAGUUUUACCGCAACGAGGACAUGGCAGCCUUCUCCUACAACGACAGAGACAACUUUAAAGAUUCAGACAACAUGGAGGUGUUCCUGACCCUGGCAGAGAGGCAGUACAUAGUGAAGUAUGAGCUGGACGGCAUGCGGGCGCAAAGAGACCUAAGAAUACCCGGCCUCUCUGACAGCUACACACUGCAUCACCGAGACAACGUCUGGCAGAAGCUUGGGUCAGCUGGUGUUAUUGUGGACAUGUUUCCCCUCCACAUCCCGGCCAAACUGAAGGAUCUCAGUAAAGCCUGGUACUCUGGGAAUCAGCUGGCUCAGCCACUGGAUUCAGUCAAUGGGUAUUUUGGAAGCUCUGUGGCUUUCUACUUCAGCUUCCUUGAUUUCUACACCUGGUCUCUGCUCCCACCAGCGAUACUAGGCCUGUCCAUCACAUACUUUUCAGGCGAGGUUCAGAAGGACAUGGAGUCGGUCUCUGGCUCAGGAGUCACAAGGGUUGAAGAUGAAUCAGCAGUUGUCAGCGGCCACAUGAUCCAGGCAGUGUUCAGCAUGCUCUGGUCCACGAUUUUUAUGGAGCUGUGGAAGCGUCGGAGCGCCUCGCUGUCCUACCGCUGGGGGACCCUGUACCUUGCAGAGCGCUUCGCAGAGCCCCGGCCCGGUUUCCAUGGCGAGGUCGGGGUCAACCCUGUGACAGGUCGUGUGGAGCCGCUCUUUCCUGAAUGGCAGAGGGACCUGCGUAUGGCACUGGUGUCAGUCCCAGUGGUGGGGCUGUUCCUAGGGUUGGUGGUACUGGGUAUGCUUUGUUUCUACUGGGGGGAGGCCCAGGUGCAACAGCUACACAAAGACUGGGACUCCCUGUUGUCUCAGACUUUGCUCUACUUGCCAUCAAUGCUUCACAUUGUCUAUACAAACAUGUUGGCGACUGCUUACAGGACGGUGGCACAGUCUCUGACUGAAUAUGAGAACCACAGAGAGGAGUCUGCCUUCGAGAACCAUCUGACAGCCAAAGUCUUAGUGUUCACCUUCUUCAACUACUUUGCAGUGCUCUUCCACAUCGCCUUCUUCAAGCAGGAUGUGCCUUUGCUUCGAAAGCGUCUAGCAUCAUUGCUGAUAGUGACACAGCUGGUCAACCAGUUCACAGAGGUGGUCAUACCCUACCUGGUGGAUCGGUUCAUCAGUGCCCCCUAUAGGACAGAGAGUGAGGACGAUCCAGAGGAGGACAAAUUUAGGAACCAGAGCAACCUACCUGCUUUCCCUGGCCUGUUUGCAGAGUACAUCGAGCUCCUGGUGCAGUUUGGGUAUUUGAGUCUUUUCUCCUGCGUGUAUCCUCUGACGGCUUUGCUGCUGCUCAUCAAUAACGUAACGGAGAUCCGAACGGACGCCUACAAGAUCUGCAAACUCUUCCGCAAGCCCUUCUCCCCCCCUGUGGCUAACAUGGGCGUGUGGCAGAUCGCAUUCGAGGUCCUGAGUUUUGCCUCUGUUGUGACCAACUGCUGGCUAAUGCUGCUCUCACCACAGUUACAAGAGCUGAUUCAGGAGGGCAGAAUGAGCAGCAAAAACAUCCUGCUGUUGGCUGUUUUAGUGGAGCAUGUGCUGAUCUUGGUUAAGGUAAUUUUGGCAUUACUGAUCCCUGAUGAACCGAACUGGAUCCAAAAAAAGAGAGAGCGUAUUGAGUACACAUCCAUGCAGGCCUUGAGACAGCAGAAGCAGCAUUCUGAAGAGUCCUGAUUGCGUUGAGGUGAUGCUUCAUGUUGUUCUGUGCUGAGCUGCUACAAAUAUACAGUACCAACUCCUGUGUUGUGUAGACCCAUACAGCAGAAAAUUUUUAGAUUCAGAUUUAUAGAGGGAAAGCUAAAGAGCUCUUGUAAAUCACUUUGGCUGCAGUAUGUACCUCAGUACUGUGUAAGGGGCAGACAGGACGGAUUAUUUGAUGUUUGUGCAAAUAUAAAUCAUUUUGUGAAAGGGGUGGCUUGUAGUUAAGGAAUCCACAGAAAAUGAUCAUCCAACAGUGCAGUUCCACUCAGCUUAGCAGAGCAUUCAAGCACAUUGUUUUUGUCUUUUGGCCCACAACUUCACUCUCACCGCUCUCAUCAACCUGUAUUCAACUGUUGUCAGUAAAAAAGCUAAACACACUAUAUGCUACCUGCUCUGCACCAAGUUAGCAUUUAGCUGGUGCACAUAGUGGAGCAUUUAACAGCAAAAGAAACUUUGUUUACCUCAGGAAUUGGUAGAGACCAAAACAGAGCUAAAAGGAGAAUGAAUAUCGGACCUACAUUUGUCAGGUGGCCAGAUACAAAACUCCAAAUGAAUGCUAAUGUUACUUCACAGUGGAUAAAUAAGCAACUGUUUGGUAGUAAGUUAGUUAAUAUAAGAUGUUAAUGUUUUGUUUACAGCUUGUCCCCAAGUGGCCAAAUAAAUCACGUACUGCAGCUUUAAUUUCAGAAAAUCAGUAAUAUUGUCUAUAGCUCCAUCAAAUGGAGGAAAACAGCUUAGAUUGUAAUUCUGUACUUAACCUUGCAGUCUAUAUUUUUAGUAAAAGUAUGGUGACAGCUGGGUUUAGUGCUCAGUCGACUGACAGUGAAAAGUUUAACUGUUCUACAAUAAUGGGUUAAAUAUAUGUAUAUUAUGGUACUAAAUCCACUUUCUUUGUGAACAUGAAUUGAUAUUUGUUUCUGAUUGAGCUGUUGCGCUUGUUGCAAAUGAGUGUAAAUACUUGUUGUACACUGCCUUAAAUGAUCACUGUAUGGUUACAGGAUCAUGUGACAUCUGUAACAUGAGAUGAGUACAGCAAGCUAUGCUGCUAUGAUUUGCUUUGCAAUGAAAGUGUUGGGGAGCUACCAAAGAACUGCUAUGUGCUUUACUAUUAGACAUUUAUUAUUUUUAUAUGUGUGCAUUUCUUGCUUUACUCACUUGUGAGUUUGUUUAGAAUGGCUGCUUGAGUUCACUGUGCUGCAACAAAUAAUUCACCUUCUAGGUACUGAUCCUUUACAUUCAUACUACAUGUGUUCUUUUACUGUUCACUCUUCACUGCUGGUAGAUUUGACUUAAUAUAAUGAAUGAGCAGAUGAAUCCACUGGGGAAGUCCACCAUUUCUUCCAUACUUGCUUAACAGUAGUGUAGUGUUCACUAUACAAGUUUUUUUUUUAAGAGUUUGUAGGUUUUUUUUUUUUACAGUCACCAGGAGGCAGUAUACACUUUCCAUUUUAUUCCAAGUGCAGCUUUUCACAAGCCCUGGUGGCUGCAGAGUGACUGAUUCAAUAAAGAUGCAGAUGGAUGAGGCUUCCUCAAGGGACUGCAUCUGUAGGUGUGCCCCCCUUACACUAAUCACAAUCACGCCUGUGUCCGUGCCUGCUCUGUUCUAUAGUGUGAUGAGUUUGAGAUAAACUUUUAGACAAUCUGGUCCCAGGGUCAGGAUUUCAGAUCAGAAACAGAGGUGAUGUUUGCUGGUUUUCCUAAAAUAAAGUCACAGAAGGAAACUAGUUGGUUGUCAUGUCUGCUAUUUAUAGUUAGUGGGUGAAAGGAAUCAGGGUCAUAUUAUGCUUCUGAAAAAAUAUAAAAUGAAAUUGUUGACUGUCUGCUUUACUCAUCUUACUCAUGAAUGAGUUUUGAGUUCUUACUCAAG